CUUAAAAGUUAAAAGCUUUAAAAAAAAAAAGCCUAAACACCAAGGUAAAACCUUAGUUUUGUCUUCCUCUCAUGAGCAAGCCGAAGUCUCUGGUGCAGCAGACCAUGGUCAUGCCGCUUCUGAAGCUAGGAACCCUAGCUCUACGAACUAUCUGCAAACCCAUCGCUAAUCGCCAAAAAGAAGCUGGUGUUAAUCCCAAAUUCCGUCAAUUCAUCAUCAACAUUGCACAGGCGAAUCACAGGUUUACAACAAAGUUACAAAGACGCGCUUCUGGUCGUGUGACUGAUGCAGUUAUUCGACCCCUAAAUGAAGAACGAGCUGUUCAAGCUGCUGCAGAUCUUCUAGGGGAACUCUUCGCCUUCACGGUUGCAGGGGCUGCUCUUGUCUAUGAGGUGCAGAGAAAUGCCAGAGGAGAAGCUAAAAAGGAAGAGAAAAGACAACUAGAACUAGCUGAAGUCAGACGAAAUCAUGAGAAGAUGGAGAAGGAAAUUGAAGAGAUGAAACAAAGAUACUGCGUGCUUCAUGAAGAGCUUUCUAAGCCGCUUACUGCACAGAUUAAUAAGCCAAAAGGCUUAGCUUGGCUCUUCAACUACAUGUGUUUUCAGAAUGCUGCUGAGAAGAUACAGUAGCAGAGCUAACAACAAGAGCCUCAAAGCUUUUUAAGCUUAACUUGUAGAUAAGUUUCAGAUAAGAUAUAACCAAAUAGGUUAACUUCAGAAGAGAAGAGAUCUGUGUUCGUUUAGGCUUGGACCAUUAUCUCAUAAACCGUACUUCCAAACUCUUCUUACAUUGAAAUGUUAUUUCAAUCUUUCUCAUUUAAGCCUGUAGACCUUAUUAAACCUAGCAAUACCAAGAUUGUUGUAGA